GCCCGCGAACGCCGUAAACUCCUUCUUACUCUUAAGAAUAGCAGCGUAGUUGUUCGUAUAAAACUGCGUAUUAAGACCGCUACGAGAAUAAAUAAUAAAAGCUUUAAGAUACGACGGACGACUAGUAAGGAUUUAAUAGGUAGUAAUCGUCGUACGAGCUAUAAUAGGCGAGUAAUCGCGCAGGCCGGCACCGAAGAUGGCAUCGUAAGGGCUGUUACCACGGGGGCGGCAGAAGAAGUCAAAUACGCGCCGGAUAUCCUCCUAAAUCCAAUUAAUCCACGAGCCGUACGAAAAGAGAAGAAAGAGACUUAUAGAGGCGGUAGUAAAGACGCAACGAAGCUUAUUAGCGAUAACCUAAUUAAAGAUAUACUAAACACGAUACUUAUUAAGAUUAAUUAUGCUAAUAACGUUAAUAACUAG